AUGAAAGCCCUUUUUAUCACUCUUAAUAGACUAGAUAAUUCUCAAAAAAUGAAUAAAGCAACUCGUCAUUUACAAGAUGCAAUAUAUUUAAGAUUUUUAAGACAUGAUAUUGAGACAUCAGAUUACCCUUUUAUUAUAUUUUUAUAUCAUUGGUAAACAAAUAUUUUAUGGAACGAUUUUUUAUUUAUUAUUGCUUUCAUUUAUCCCAUGUUGUCUUUCUUUGAAGAUUAAUAUGAAAGUACUUUGCGUUAGUAAUUAAGUACUGAAUAUUAUGAAAUUGUAUUGCUUAUUCUUUUUUAUUUUGAUGUUAUUAUUGAAACUAUUCAUAAGUUAUUUGAUAAGCAUCAUACUUUUAUUGAAACAAUUCUUAAAAAUCGAAAAUAUAUUUUAAAGUUUACUAUACUGACUAUUAUUUUAGCUGAUGUUAUUUAUUAUAUAUCUAGUUUUCCUUUUUAAAGUUUGAGAUUUGGAAUUUAUAUUCGACCAUUUUUAGUAUUGUUUUAUUCUAAAGAAUUAAGAAGAACAUUUAAAAGUAUAUCUUAAUCUUUAAAAGAAAUUUUACAAUUAUUUUUAUUUUAUUUAUUUAUGACGCUUUUCUUUGCCUUAAUUGGAUGGAAAUUUAUUGGCGAUUUAGAUGGUCAGAGUAAUUUUAACAAUAUAUUUACUGCUUCUAAUAUUCUUUAUAUUUUAAUUACUUUUGAUGGAUAUCCUGAUUGUUUAAUGCCUGCAUAUUAAUAAUCAGAAUAUUAUCUCUUGUAUUUUAUGUCUUAUAUUUUAUUAUAUUUAUUUAUUUUCAUUCCAAUACCUGUUGCUGUAGUAUUUGAAGCAUUUAGAAAUUAAAGAAGUAAGUUAGUUAUAAUGGACAGAAUAAAACAAAAAGAAGCACUUUUAGCAUGUUUUGUAUGCUUAGAUUUUAAUGAUAAUAAAUCGAUAGAUUAUAAUAUUUUUAGAUAAUUUAUGUCUUAAGUGUAUAAAAACAAGAAAAGAUAUAUUAAAAGAAUAAAGAGUUUAUACUUACAUAUUGAUAUGAAUGAUUCUAAAUCAAUUUCUUUAAAUGAAUUUUUUGGACUAGUUGAUGUUUUAGAAAGAAAUCCUAAUUUUCAUAUACCUUUAUUUUCAGAUUUGAAAUUAUGGGAAAAUUUCCGUGCAUUUAUAAAUAAGAAAAUGGCAUUUAAAAAAAUAGCCAAAAGUACAUAUUUUGAAGUUUUUAUGAUUUUAAUAUUGCUAGCAAAUUGUAUUAUAAUUUUUGUUUAAAGUGCUUUAACAGAUUAAGAAACUAUUGAUAAAUUAGAAUAAUGGGAUUGGAUCUUUAAUUAUGCUUAUAUUACUGAGGUUAUUGUUAAAAUAAUAGGCUUAGGAAUAGAAAAAUACUUUGAGGAUUUUUGGAAUAUAUUUGAUAUAUCAAUGGUUCUUUUAUCACUUUUUGGAAGUAUUUUGAACUCUGUAUUAGAUAUUUUAAGAAGUGCUAAGUCUUUGCGUACGACAAAACUUUUAAGAUUAACAAAACUAAACAGAAUUUUUAAAGUUUUUAGAGCAAUUAAAACUAUGAAAAUAAUAAAUGUAAUUUCUUAAGGGAUAGAUACUUUAAAUUAAGUAAAGAUUUUAAUAUAAAGAAUUUUUAUGUGUAUUCCAAUAAUAUCAAAAUUAAUUCCCAUUUUAUUAAUUAUAUUUUAUAUUUAUGCGCUUAUUGGAGUAAAUAUUUUCAAUACUAAAUUAAAUUCAUAUAGAUUAAAUUCUCCAUAUGAUUAAAAUAAUUAUAUUGAUUUUAAUAAUUUCGGAAAUGCAAUGUUAAUACUUUUCUAAGUUAUGAUAGAAGCUAAUUGGGGUUCAUUUGUAUAUGAUUAUGCUUACAAAUUUGAUAAUUUUACUUUAAGUGUUUUCUAUUUUGAUUCUUUUCAUAUGAUUAUUUAAUUAGUUUUAAUUUCUUUAAUUAAAGGAAUUGUUUGGGAAGUAUUUACAGUUGUAGAUAAAACAAUAAAGGAUAUUGAAAAUCGGGAAUAAAUUAAAAUUUAAGCCGAAUUAAAUAAUUAUUAGAAUAAUUUAAACUAAGAAGUAGACAAUUAAGAAAACGAAGAAGAAUAAAACUAAAAAGAAAUAAAAAAUAACUCUUAAGAUAAUUCAAUGCAAAAAGGAAUAAAAGAAUACUAAAUUAUAUUAAGUAAUUUAGAUAAUGUAUCAAAUAAAAACAGUAUUAUAUUGGAUGAAGGGUAACUUCCAGAAAGUACAAAUCAUACAUUAUAAAAAUAGUUUACUUUUCAUAAAUAAAGCACUAAUUGCAAAUUUGAAGAAGAUGAUAUUUUUAAUAAUGAAAAUGAGAGUUUAUAGAACCAUUAAUAAUAGGCUUUUGAAAAUGAAUAAUAAUAACAAGAAUUUUAAUACUAGUAAUAAUAAAAUUUAUAUUACUCAGAUUUACUAAACGAUAUUUUCUAUAAUUAAAAUAAUUAAGAAGUUAUACUUUAAAAUACAUUCAUUAAUAAUACUUAAUAAGAUUAUUAUGAAGAUUUUAUAUAAUUAAAUAAUAAUAAAUAAUUUUUUAUUAAAUAAAUUUAUUCAGAAAUUGAAGAAAUUAAUGAAUUUGAGGAAUAUUAAAAAUAAAAAGAACUAAAAAACAAAAACUAAUAAUUAAUAAACGAAAAACAUGAAAAAUAAUAUUAAUUAGAAGAAGGGUUUUAAAAAUCAAUUCCCAGUAUUAUAUAAGAAAAUAAUGAAAAAGAACAAAACAAUAAUAUUAAAGAAACUAAAUAAGUAUAAGAUAUAGUUUAUUAAGAAAAUAAUAAAAUGAAAUCUUAUUUAAAUGGCCCUAAUAUAGACGAAGAAAUAAUCUUAAGAAUAAACGAAAAAAAAUCAAACACGAAUUCCAAAUCGAAAUCAAAAGAUGAAUUAUCAAAUAAUUAUGGGGAAUAUUCUUUCGAUUCAAAUAAAUCAUAAGAAAAAGAAAAAAAAAAUAGAUAAGAUAUAAUAAAAAUAAAAAACUAUGAAAUACAAUAAUUAAAACAAAAAAUAAGACCUUUGAAAUAUUUUAUAAAUUCCCAAAACUAAAAUAGAUAAUAAAAAGACGUUCCUGAUAUAGAUUUCACAGUAGAUUUAAUAGACUCAGAUGAUGAGUAAGCAAUAAAAAAUUACACAAAAUAAUUACAGGACGACAUGCUAGAUGAUGAAUAAGAUAAUGAGCUAAAAAAUUAAAAAAUUUCUUAAGAAAAAAAUGAAUAUGCGAAUUUAGGUAAAGCUAAUUUGCAUCAAAAUUAUAUUAUGAAAAAAGCUUUAUUAUAAGAUUCGAAUAUGGAGAUAAUUAAAAAACUUGAAAUUGAUUAUUUUUAAGAUUGCUAUGGAACUUUUUUUAAUGUAUUCCACAAUGUAAAUGUAUCUCCUAUUUUAAGAUAUGAAGGAUUUCUUCUUUAUAAUUUAUCCAAAUUACUUAGACAUAAAACAAUUCCGAAUUAAGUAUUUUUCAAACUUAUUCUUAGUAUUGAAAAAUCUGUAAGUGAUGUUAUUUUUUAAAAAGGAAGUUUUAUGAAAUUUAUUUUUCAAGAUUCUGCUGAAAAUUGGUUUUGUCUAAAACAAAAAAAUAAUGAAACAUAACCGUGUCUAUUAGGCAAUGGUCCAUGGAAUUAUUACGAUAAAGUAUUUAAAAAAGAUAAAGAUAUUUAUAUUUCAAGAGAUUUUUUCCUAAAACCUAAAAAUCGUAUUAUGUAAUAAUUACUGGUCUAAUUUUAUUAAUCUUUUAAAUUAUGUGCAAGUUGUAUAGAUAAAAAACUUAGAUUCCUUAGUCUAAAUCCUAAUCAUCAUAUAUUGUAAUAAUAAUAUAUAUAUAUAAAUAAAUAAAUAUAUUAAUAUAUAUUUAUUUGA